GGUGGGGACGCGCUCGACUUGAGGCACACGAGCUUUUAAAAUGCAAGUGUGCAGAGGUGCUCAGGAACAGGAAGAAUCAACAGGCCAACAGCACCGACUUCUGCAUACAACUUCAGCUUCAAUCGCACCUUCAAUACAUCAAAUCACCCACACAGUCACCUUCCCACUACACAAUCAUCAUGUCUGGCACCGAGCAAGCAUACCACCUCACCAAGGAGGACGUCCGCAAGGCCGAACAGCGCGAGGGCAAGAUCCAUGGCGGUGACAUCCCCGCCGACUCGACUGCUGCAGGCCUUCAGUCCAUCGUCGAUUCCGCAGACAAGAACAAGGCCGAAAUCAUUGCAGAGCGUAAAGCAAACCUCCCACUCCCAGAUCAGCCACCAUCAGCCUCCGACUUCAACAGCGCCGACGCCCGAACGGUCAACGUUGGAUCCGGCAGCACCAGCGGCGCCUUCUCUCACGGCAACUCAGCUCUUCGUGAGCCCGCAACUGGCGAGAGUGCGACACGAGCAGACCCACACUCCACCCAUGGCAACGUGCAAGGACACGGUGUUGGCCGUGAGGCAGCGGAGGGAUUGAGUGGUCUUCCAAAUGAUGCCGUGGCCCAGGGCAGCAAGAACAAGGCCGGUCUCGAAGACACCACGGGCAAGGAUUACGGCUACCCGAAGAACGAUCCUAGCUCCGGUGUGAAGAACUAGAUGAUACCCAAUUACUGGGCUGUCCACGCUUGAGAAGCAGGUGGCGGCAUGAGUUUUACGUUGCAUGAUUGGCAUGAAGAGAAUGCUUCAUCGGGAUCACAGGAGCCGGGAGAGGCAUUGAGAUCGCAGCUACACAGAUAGAAGUUUUGAAAACGUUCGAAACUUUUAGCUACUAAUAGAUGCUUUCGUUCCUUUCCGUCCUAAGCGUUGCCGACCUCUACCAGAUGCAGUCCUCAAGUAAACACUUCUGUGUACAACAUGUCCAUCCCACCACCCUGGGUAUCUUCCCCUAUGCCCACCUACAACCACUGUUGCGUCAACGUGCUAUUACAAUGCUAACCUAUACGCCUCAUGUUAUUUCAUGCCAAAAGCUUCGUCACGUCGUCGAUCGACCGAAAUUCUGUCAACUGCGUGAUCAACUGACAUCUCGACUGAUUGCCGUUUCAUGAUCUCAAGUGUUGGCUUGCGUACUGGCUUGCUUCCCGGAGGCUCAGUGAUCGACCACGGUGUGAUGUCGUCCUCUCCGUGAGAUGCGGUUGCAGUAGCAGAGACCCCUGUGUUCUUGUCCUGAUGAGAAGGAAGCGUUUCCAGCAUGCCAUACUCAUCGUCGCCGUCCCAGACGCUGUCAGCGGGCGACUUCCGCAAAGGAGUGCCAAAAAAGAGAGAAGACUUGGACUUUCCCACGCUGGAUGUCAGUGUGCCACGGGAGGCGGCUCGAGAUCGUGAGGACCCUCUAGAACUCUUGAAGGAGAGCUUGUCGGAUAGCUUCGAAGUCACUCGAGAGAUGGGUUUAUGCAAUAAUGGCUUGAGAGCCGGCGCACAAGCGCAUAUGACAGCAAUGUCAAUCUCAAUAGCAGCACAAAUCCAUAGGGGGUAUGAGUAC